AUGUUGGAAGACGUGAAGAUGCUGGAAGAUGCAGAGAUGUUGGAAGACACAAAAAUGGUGGAAGACGUGGAGAUACUGGAAGACGAACAGAUGCUGGAAGCCCUGGAGAUGCUGGAAGACCUGGAGUUGGAAGACAUAGAUUUUCUGGAAGACAUGGCCAUGUUGGAAGAAGUUGAUUUUCUGGAAGACGUGGCUUUGGUGGAAGACGUGGAUUUUCUGGAAGACAAAGCUUUGUUGGAAGACGUACCUUUGUUGGAAGACAUAGGUAGGCUGGAAGACAUAAAUUUGAUGGAAGACAUGGCUUUGUUGGAAGACGUGGAUUUGCUGGAAGAUGUGGAUUUCCCGGAAGCUAUGGAUUUGAUGGAAGACUUAGAUUUUCUGGAAGACGUGGAUAGGCUGGAAGACCUGAGAUCAUUGGAAGACGUAGAUUUUCUGGAAGACAUGGCUUUUUUGGAAGACAUGGAUUUUCAGGAAGACUCAAAUUGUCCAGAAGACCUGGAUUGUUUGGAAGAGGUGGAUUUUCUGGAAGACUGGGAAACUUGGAGGUUAUUGGAAGACAUGACUUUUCUGGAAGACAUGGCUUUAUUAGAAGACCUGGAUUUAGUGGAAGACACAGAUUUUGUCUGGAAGACCUGGAUGGACUGGAAGAUGAUUUGGUGGAAGACAGAUUGCUGGAAGACCAAGAUUUUCUUGGAAGACCUGGAUUUGGUGGAAGAUGUAGAUUUUUCUGGAAGACAUGGACUGACUGGAAGACCUGGAUUUCUUCCUGGAAGACAUUGA